AUGUCGAACUUGAUGCACAAGGUCAAAGAUGCCAUUACUGGUCAUCAUGAGUCUGGAAACAAAGGAUCAACUCAGGAAUCCUCGAAUGCCACGAGCAGGAUGGAUGAGGCUCGCGACACAUACAAUUCCAGUGACAAUACGGGCAUGAACAAGAGCUCGAAUGCCCAGGUUCACGAUGCUGGUCACGACAAAUCGAAGCUCAUGGACACUGAACCCUACAAAGACGCCAGAGAUACCUAUGAUUCGUCUAAUAUGGGGACCGUUAAUUACGGAUCCACUGGCUAUGGUGCCAACAAGAUGGACAACACUGCCAAUGCGUACGGAUCUUCCAAUCUGGGUAAUGACACUUUCAAUUCUGCGAACACCGGAAUGUCAACCAACAAGACCCAAGGCUAUGACAACAGCCACUCAACCUCAAAGCCGAUUGUCUCUGAUGCCUACGGAGCAAAGAAUUUGAACUCUGAGCCUACCCACGGAGCUCUUGGGGAUUCAAGCAAUUACAAGCAGUCCAAUGUUGGCUCUAGGAACUACGGUGCUAAUACCCAUAGUGGAAACUAUGGUGCCAGCACUGCAGCUGAUUCAUAUGGAACAACUUCCGGGGGCUAUGGCUCAGGCAACCUGAACACCAGCGGCCGAGAGACACAGGCUACCAAGCAGAUGGACAAGGGAAUGGGUAAUCGAGGAGCAUACGGUGACUCCAUGGAUCAAUCCAAAAAAUACACUUCCGACUACGGCUCGAUGGGUGAUGUCCAACCUGGUGGCACACAUGACUACAACACCCGCGCAAAUAACACGGGCUCCAAUAUGGCCAAUCAAAUGGAAAAUCGGGGAAGUUCUGAGCUAAACCAGCAAACUGGACAGCAAGGCUUUGGCGGUGCUGCAGCGGGUGGUAGUAGUUACAACUCAACUAGUUCUGGAAGAAGACGAAGCUCUGGACCUCACAAUUCGAAUCUUCUGAACAAGCUUGACCCCAGAGUCCGCAGCUCGGAUUACGAGAACAAAGCUAUGAGUGAUCAGCGAGGCAAUUGA